AAUACAAUAUAAAAUUCUAUGGUUUAUGUUUAUAACAUAACCUGAUUUUAACUUUAAUAUGUUUAAUAUAUAAUUGAGAAUUGUGAAGAAUUAGCGAUUAUAAUAAAAAUGUCUACUAAAAGUGAUAAAAACAUAGUUGAUCUUUUUCGAGAUAAAAAGAUGGUGAAAAUAUGUGCUCCUAUGGUACGUUACAGCAAACUUCAAUUCAGAAACUUGGUAAAAUUUUAUGAUUGUGACUUAACGUUUACUCCAAUGAUCUUAGCAGAUUCAUUUUGUCAAAGUGAGAAAGCUAGAAGAAACGAGUUCAAGACAAAUUCAUUGGAUGAUCCACUAGUGAUACAAUUUGCAGCUAAUACAGUUCAUGAUUUUGUUGGUGCAGCUUAUUUGGCAGCACCUUAUUGCAAUGGAGUAGAUUUGAAUUGUGGUUGUCCCCAAAAAUGGGCCAAAGACCAAGAAUUGGGAUGUGAAAUUUUGAAAAAACCAGAAUUACUUUAUGACAUUGUUAGACAGUGUAGAAACCGCAUUCCAAAACCCUUUUCAGUUAGUGUUAAAAUAAGACUCUUAUAUGAUAUUAAAGAAACUGUUGAGAUAUGUAGGCAAUUAGAAAAAUGUGACGUGAGUUUUUUAACAGUUCAUGCCCGCUAUCCUCAACAGAGUGUAGGAGAAAUUAAUAGAGAUGCUUUACGACUGAUAAGAGAAAGCUGUGAUAAGCCCGUAGUAGGUAAUGGUGGUAUAACAACAUUAGAAGAUUGCUUCAAAUUACAUGAGUACACAGGAUGUAGUGGUGUUAUGGUUGCUAAUGGGAUAUUAACAAACCCAACAUUGUUUGCUAAUAAUCCCCUUACAACAAUAGAUUGUGUACAAAACUGGUUAGAUAUUUGUUAUAAUAGUACCAUAACAUUGGACAAGUAUGCCAAAGAACAGGAACAUCCAAGUUGUACUAUUCCAGAAAGACCUCCAAACCUUAUAUUUCAGUGUUUUCAUCAUCAUUUAGUUUUUAUGUUGGAAAAGUUGCUACCAAGAAAGAAAAGACAGUAUUUCAAUAAUUUGAAAACAUUUAGUUCUGUUUUACAAUUUUUAGAUGAUACUUUUUGUAUUAGACCAAGAUUAUUUGAACCCGAAAAAUUUUUAAAAUAUCUUACUUUAAAUUUGGAUUAUAGUGAUAGACAUAGUAUGUAUGAAAACUUAAAACCUAACAAUUUACAUAUUGAAGAUGUGUUUAGUAUAUAUGACCCUCAGAAUACAGAUGGGAAAUACUUUUCAACAAAAACUAAGUCUGAAAAUUGUGAUUGGUCAGACAUAUUCCUUGAAAAUGGGUAACUCACAUUGAAUAAGGAAUUUAAUUGAUUCAUUUGAUUGAUUAGUUGAAAUAAAUUUAGUAGGGAAGUCUCAUUAAUUCUGACAAAUCAUAAUAUCUCUUUCUAAGUAUCGUUACUACCAAUUUUUUAAAUUUUGCAAAUUAUAUUCCAUGCAAAAAUUCUAUGGUUGAAUUGUGAUUGUAAUAAUAAUAGAUAAUGUAGCUUUUCUUCUAAUUCCUUUUAUAUUAUUUUUACAGUGAAAACUCGUUAAUACGGACUAUCAAAUUUGAUGAAAUAAAUAUACAUACCUUUAAAUUAUGAUUACCAUAUAUUUCAACUUUAAAGUCAUUUAAACAGUGUCAUCUUUUACCAAUUUCUCAAUAAAUAUUAAUUAUCUUCGAUUUUUUACUGCUUAGACCAUUUUAUAUGUUUUUCAGAAUAAUUUAUCUUGACUUUAGGUCUGUUCUAUGAAAAUCAGUUGAAAAUAAAAUACUGGAAAAUAGAUUAGAGGCAGUAUCAAUGUAUUACAAGAACUACAAAAACUGCAAAAGACUUGGAACAAAAAGUGUCAAAUAACACAUGUUAUUUUAAACUAAUUUUUCAUAGAAAACACAAAAAAUCAUCACGAAUAUUAUAUAUUAAUUUUUAUUGAUAUCAUUGAUUUUCAUAAUUACCUAGAUAAAUGUAAUUAUGCAAUAUUGAAUACAUAAAAAUAUCUCUUUUUUUCAUAAAUUCAAUUAUCCCAGCUGUUGAAAAAAAAAACAGAUGAACCUCUGUUAAAAUAAGUCACGGAGAAUCAUGUUGAAAUGAUAUGCCAUCAAAGACGACCGGUCUGGACACCCCUCUACCAGCAAGAUCAACGAAAAUGUGUGUGUGAGUGACAAAUUUAUUCAAUAGUGGUCGUAGGAUGAGUAUUAGAAUAAAUGCUAAAAAAUUGAGUAUUUAUCAAACCCAAGUUUUUGGGAUCGUGACAGUUAACUUAGCCAUGAAGUUGGUGCCGAGUGUCGAGAGUAAAAGGCUAACUGGCAAGUGAUCUCCCAGGAUCUUUUUGGCCCCAUCAGAAGUCCAGUCCAGCGUUCCUGAAGGCUUACAAAAACUGGAACACUCAUUGACAGCAGUUUGUAGAUGUGGAAUGGUGCUAUAUUGAAAAGUUCUAAUCGUCUUUAUUAUUUUUAUGAAUAAAUAUUUGAAAACAUAAUCCCAUUAAUUUCACGACGCUGUAUAUAGAAUAUAGUUCAUUUCAUUCAAGUGAACUGAAAUUAAAAAAAGAGAACUGUAUUUUUCAAAUCAAUAGAAACUGAUUAUGAACAGUUAGUUUUCUUGCCUCUUUAAUAAUUUUGAUUUUGUGUAUGGUGAUAAAUAAAUGUUGAGUUACAA